AUGACUACUCCUAUGGAACCUUGCUUGAAGUUAACUAAAGAUGAAGGAAAACUAUUGGAAGAUGAAACACUUUUCCGACAGCUUGUUGGUAGUUUAUUCUAUUUAACUAUCACAAAGCCUGACAUUUCAUAUUCUGUAAGAGUCAUCUAUCAGUUUAUGGAAAAACCACGUGAGAGCCAUUUAAUUGCAGCAAAGAGGAUUCUUCACUAUGUAAAAAGCACUCUGAAUUUUGGGUUAUUGUAUAAGCAUCAUGCAUCAUUUUCUCUGACUGGUUUUGUAGAUGCAGACUGGGCUGAUGAUGUGAAUGAUAGGCACUCCACAACAGGGUAUUGUUUUAAUACAGGUUCAACAACAGUCUCAUGGUGCAGCAAAAACAAAACUAUUGUUGCUCUUUCAAGUUGUGAAGCUGAAUAUGUAGCAGCUACUAUGGCCAUUCAAGAGUGUAUUUUGCUUAAGAGGCUUAUUCAAGAAACGUUCUAUGUCUUGGAUUAUCCAGUUCCUAUUCACUGCGAUAAUGAAAGUGCAAUUAAGCUUGCUGAAAAUCGAGUGUUUCAUGCCCGCACAAAACACAUUGAAACACUUUAUCAUUUCGUUCGAGAAAAGGUUUUGACUCAGGACAUUCAGCUGUAG